AUGACGCAGAACGUCUUGAUUCUACCCAUCAUCGCUAUUCUUUCGCUGACUGUGAAUGCGGAUUCCGGUGCCGCGAGGUCCAGAUGUUGGACAUCCGGAAACGGUCGACCGGCUCAAUGGUGGUCCGAGGGCGCGGAGAUUACACGUGGCAAAUUUUUCUACGAAUGCCGACGGGGACAACUGGAGCCACUGGGAUGUCUGAGCAAUGUGGAGCAAAAAGUUCGAAUUGGGUCCACAUUCCAACAAGACGGAUAUGAGUUUACCUGUCAGCUGGGAAGCGACGGUUACAUUGAAUUCGGCUACAGCGCAUGUGUUGGACAAGAUGGACGUACUUAUCAGAAGGGAGAAACUUGGACGGAUGCCAAGAACACCUACUACUACCGCUGCCGUGACGACGGACGCGUCGUGAAGACGACCAUCGAGGGAUGCAUCGCGCACGACAAACAACGCAGAGUUCCACUCGGCGAAACCGACGAUUUCAACGGAUACACAUACAAAUGCCAACAAAAAACUUCUGGAGUCGUCCAAAUGUGCAGUGUCGGAUGUAUUCAUAACGGACAAAAGUACACCAUCGGACAACAGUACAAGGACGGAGACUACGUAUUCUAUUGCAAACUUCAAGGCGGAAAGUGCACGAAACAAUGUAUUGGAUGUGUUGACGCCAACGGACAAAACAUCUACGAUGGACAGCGAUACAAGAGAGAUGAGACCACUUAUCAGUGCGAGGACGGCCUCUACGAGUGCAUCCUGUGCGCGUGCUGCUCCACCUCUUGCCCAUCCUACUGGUGGAACGCCGACAAGUACCUCGGACCCGCCGUCCUCAUGCAGGCCUACCGUUGGGUCAUCGACUCGAGAGACGACUAUGCACAGGAACGUCUUCACCGCAUGCACGACUCGUUCUCGGCGUUCAAGUGUCAUACCAUCAUGAAUUGCACCAAGACUUGUCCAAAAAUCCGCCCGGGCAAGCGAUCCCACCGCGCCGUCGGCUGCAACAUUGUCGAAAACGGCCGCGACAUCAACAAAGUGAUCGGAUGCCGUUGGUACGAGCAGAACCCCGAUUGGAAGAUCGAGAAGACGUGCGAAACCGACGGACCGAACAAGACAAAGGUGACAACCGUGGGAUGCAUUUACAAGUACAAGGGAUUCGACCGUAUCUUCUUGGAGCCAGGAAAGUACACCAUCUGGAACCUUCCAAAGCAAAAGGACGCUUCCGUUGGGCUCGCUUGCCGAAAAACUUCUGAUGGCGCCGAAUUGCUCAUCUUUGACGUUGCUCAGCUCGAGAGAAGUACCGCUGGGUUGAGCUACGAUUUGCCACGUGGAAAGAAGUAG